AUGGCAUCUGCUUCACCAGAAGAAAUCCGAGCAAUAUUAAGAGAUGAAAGAAAACUGCAUGAUAUAGCCAAGGCUGCCUUUGAUGCAGUGGAUACUGAUCGUUCUGGAUUUAUUGACGAGCCUGAGCUCAGAACUGUAAUGUGCAGCGUUGCAAACGACAUUGGGAUGGAUACUCCUUCAGAUAGUGACGUUAGAGAUGUGCUCAGAGAGCUUGAUACCAAUAGAGAUGGAAGAAUCAGCUUGGAUGAAUUUAAAGUCCUUAUUAGACAAGUCUUGGAACUCAUGGCAUCGCAAUAA